UCAAAUAAGUGGCGGGAAGAUUUUUAACUGGUUCUCGAUAAAUCUCUCGGGCAUGAAGUUUCGCGGGAACUAAGUAAAUUUUUUUCUCUUUGCACGUGGGUUGCAUGCUGUUACAGUGCUCGAGUUAUUAUCAUGGCGAAUGUUGCUGGAAACAUAGCUCUAUUGAGUGUAUCGGACAAAACUGGGUUGAAGGAAUUUGCACAGAAGUUAUCUGCCGUUGGUUUAAAGCUUGUGGCAUCCGGAGGAACUGCCAAGUGCAUCAGGGAUGCUGGGAUUCCUGUCAGUGAUGUAUCCGAGAUCACAGGUGCCCCUGAAAUGCUUGGAGGACGAGUGAAGACUCUACAUCCCACAGUUCAUGGUGGUAUCUUGGCCAGGUUAACUGAUUCUGAUCAAGCUGAUCUGCAAUCCCAGAACAUUGAAAUGAUCAGGUUGGUGGUAUGCAACUUGUACCCCUUUGUCAAGACAGUUGCUGAUCCCCAUGUUCUGAUUGAGAAGGCAGUGGAGCAGAUUGAUAUAGGUGGAGUGACACUGCUUCGGGCUGCUGCCAAGAACCACAUGAGAGUUUCGGUGAUCUGUGACCCAGAGGAUUAUAAUAGAGUCCUUGAUGAGAUGUCAAAUUCCCCAACUAACGAUACAACGAUAGAAACCAGGAAAAUGUUGGCAGUUAAGGCCUUCAACCACACGGCUGACUAUGAUGCUGCUAUAUCGGACUACUUUAGACGUCAGUAUAGUGCUGGGAUGUCCCAGCUCAAUCUGAGGUAUGGAAUGAAUCCCCAUCAGAAACCGGCACAAAUCUCAACCAACAUGGCAGAACUGCCCCUCAAAGUUAUGAAUGGUUCUCCCGGCUUCAUCAAUCUUUUGGAUGCUCUAAAUGGCUGGCAGCUUGUCAGAGAAUUGAAAGCAGCAUUAGGCAAACCUGCUGCCACCUCCUUCAAACAUGUCAGCCCAGCAGGUGCUGCUGUGGGUGGCCAGGGAAUGUCUGACACGGACAAAAAAAUGUGCAUGGUGGCGGACAUGGAGGGGUUAUCUCCCUUAGCUGAAGCCUAUGCCAGGGCACGAGGAGCUGAUAGGAUGUCUUCAUUUGGUGACUUCAUCUCUCUAUCAGACCCGUGUGAUUUACCCACUGCUAAAAUAAUCUCCAGAGAGGUCUCUGAUGGAAUUAUUGCCCCAGGAUACUUGCCUGAGGCCUUGGAAAUUCUGAAGAAGAAAAAGGGAGGCAACUACUGUAUACUUCAGAUUGACCCUGGAUAUGAGCCACCCACCAUAGAAACAAGGACAGUGUUCGGAUUACAGUUACAGCAAAAAAGAAAUGAUGCCAUCAUCAACAGCGAUAUAAUGAAAAAUGUUGUAACAGCCAGGAAAGAGCUGAGCAGAGAAGCUGAACAAGAUCUUAUAGUGGCAACGAUAACACUGAAAUACACUCAAUCCAACUCCGUCUGUUAUGCUAAAUCUGGCCAGGUAAUUGGUAUUGGAGCAGGACAGCAGUCCCGGAUCCAUUGUACUCGACUGGCAGGAGACAAAGCCAAUAAUUGGUGGUUGAGACAGCAUCCAAAAGUGAUGGCAAUGCAGUUCAAAGUGGGAGUCAAACGGGCUGAGAAAAACAAUGCCAUAGACCAGUAUGUUUUGGGACUAGUAGGAAAGGACAUGGAUCAAAAUGCCUGGGAAGCCAUGUUUGAAGUUAUUCCUAGCCCACUCACUGAGGAAGAGAGAACAGAGUGGAUUUCUAAGCUGAAAGGAGUUUCCCUGAGUUCUGAUGCCUUCUUCCCAUUUACUGAUAAUAUCGAAAGAGCAGUCAUGAGUGGUGUGGAGUAUAUAGCAGUCCCUGCUGGAUCGACCAAUGACACAGAAGUGAUAAAGGCAUGCAAUCAACACAGUAUUGCCAUGGUGCACACCGACGUCAGAUUGUUUCACCACUAAAUCCUCCGGCAAUCUCCACCCAUGUAACUUAAAGUUGGUGAAUUAAUAGAGAUUGUGGGUGUACAUUUUCAACUCACUUGAGCCACAGGCUAAUUACAAAUGUUUCCUAUUUUCAACUUUUUUCAAAUUUGUGUAAAUCAAGGGCUUUGUUCAUUUGCAUGAGGAGAUAAGUCUGAGUAAAAAAUCUUAAGAACCAGGAAGUCAACAUAGAGAUGAUUAAGAUUCAAUCUGAUGAAAAAAAAAUGAAUUUUACAAUAUCUCAGAUACUGGCUACAGAUGCUGACAUCACUUUGAGGGUCAAUUUCCUUAACACCAUAAGUGCGACACACAAACUUUUAAUAUCUUUCUAAAAAAAAAAAAAAAAAGUCUUUCGUGAAUACUUCAGAGUGUUAUAUAUGAUCAAGGAAAGGCUUGAAAUUUCCCAACAAUCAAUUGAGAUUUUCGCAGCAGUGAUUUCAUUGGCCGACAUAAAUGCCGCUCUGACGUGACCCCCAAAUGGUAUAUUGUUGGAUUCUUAUUUAGGAAACUGUGAUAAGAUCAAAGGAGGUUGGAAACUAUGGGAAGUUAAAGUUUUGGAUUGUAAUAUACAGGGAAAAUAUUCUUUAUAACAACAAGGAUCCCCAGGGUUGGUGAAAGGCCAUGAUUAGGAUUUACAGUUUUGCCUAGGAAUAUUUAAAAAAAAAAAACAUCUUUGAAAAAGGACCAAAAGUCUACAUGUAUUUGUUCGAUAAGUAUGCAAGUAUCCUUGGGUGUACAUUUAUGUUUAUUUAAGGUUUGACCCAUGAGGCCGUUUUAGGCCCACUAUUGAGGUUCAGAGUUCUACAUGAAGAAAUAUCUUUCAAAAUUUCAUCCUCUUCUCGACUUGACAACCAAAAGCCUGAAGCGUGUCAAAUCAAUAAUGGCUAAAAAAUUUCCAGUUUGUUCAAACCAUGAUCCCCCCCCCCCCCUUUUUUUUGGGUCAAGGUGAGGCAACAAUAGGGAUUUAAAGUUUUACUGAUAAAUAUAAAGGGGAAAAAAUAUUUCAAAGAGCUAGAAAAGUACAGUUUAUGCAAACAUCCUCGUGUAGUGUAUGCUUCUGUGUGUAACACCAUGACCUUGGAGCUUAUUUAGAGUUGCAAUAAAAAUUGAAUUGAAUCUAAAUAAGAAAUUUAAGUAGAGUUUGUUGGGGUGAUUCAUGGAGUAGGAAGCUUGUGGAUCUAUUGUUGGAGAGGAGAUGGAGUAUGUUUUCACUGUUAAUCAUUAUUGAUAAUGUAAUGUUUAUGUUCAUUGCUGCUAGAUUGCGUUACUGGCAAUAUUAGUUUUCAUUUUGAUCUAAUUUUUGCUAUGAAUAGUAAUCGCUCAUUUUACAUGUAUGCAUUGCAACACACAUAGUGCCAUAUUUUGUAACAAUAUCUAAGAGAGCACAUGAUCCUCUUUGUUUAUAGAUGAACAGCCAUAUAUUGUUCGUAGCCGUGGGUUGUGCUCUAUAAUACUCGUUUUCGUUAUAUUUUAUAGAUACUCAUAUUAAAAAACAUAAUAAGACAUGUAUGAUAUUUUGAAGUGUUGUAGUAACUGAAGUGUGAACAUCUGUUUUGAAGUCGUAUGCAUGUAUAUUGAACAUAUUUCAUGGGCAAUAAAGGAGGAAACACAA